UCGCCCCUCCCACCCAAAUGACGACUGACUUCCUCCUGCUCACCUCCGGAGCUCCACUCGCCAGUCACCGAGUGAUAGCAGAGCGACAGCCCGGACUCAGAAAGAUUCUCGGCGUACACAGGAAGUUGAAGGAGACAUGGCCAAACCUCUGAGCGACCAGGAGAAGCGCAAGCAGAUCAGCAUCCGCGGUAUCGUCGGCGUCGAGAAUGUGGCCGAGCUGAAGAAGGGCUUCAACCGACACCUGCACUUCACCCUUGUCAAGGACCGAAACAUCGCCACGCCGCGGGACUACUACUCCGCCCUGGCGCACACCGUCCGCGACCAUCUGGUGGGUCGCUGGAUCCGGACACAACAGUUCUACUACGAGGCCGACCCCAAGCGAGUUUACUACCUCUCUCUGGAGUUCUACAUGGGCCGCACACUGCAGAACACCAUGAUCAACCUGGGUCUGCAAAACGCCUGCGAUGAAGCCAUCUACCAACUGGGCCUGGACAUGGAGGAGCUUGAGGAGGUGGAGGAGGAUGCAGGCCUGGGCAACGGAGGACUGGGCAGACUUGCAGCCUGUUUCCUGGACUCCAUGGCCACCCUGGGACUGGCAGCCUAUGGUUACGGGAUCCGCUACGAAUACGGAAUCUUCAACCAGAAAAUUCGAGACGGUUGGCAGGUUGAGGAGGCAGACGAUUGGCUGCGUCACGGCAACCCCUGGGAGAAGGCCCGCCCCGAGUACAUGCUGCCCGUUCACUUCUAUGGACGCAUAGAGGAGACAGAGAAUGGCACCAAGUGGGUCGACACACAGGUGGUGCUGGCGCUGCCGUACGACACGCCCAUCCCAGGCUACAUGAACAACACGGUCAACACUAUGCGCUUGUGGUCCGCGCGCGCCCCCAACGACUUCAACCUGAGAGACUUUAAUGUGGGCGAUUACAUCCAGGCCGUCUUGGACCGCAACCUGGCAGAGAACAUUUCCCGGGUGCUAUAUCCCAACGACAAUUUUUUUGAGGGCAAAGAGCUGCGUCUGAAGCAGGAGUACUUUGUGGUGGCCGCCACUCUGCAGGACAUCAUCCGCCGUUUCAAGACCACCAAGAAAGGGACGCCCGGACGCACAUCCUUCGAGAGCUUCCCUGAUAAAGUUGCCAUCCAACUGAAUGACACCCACCCUGCCAUGGCCAUUCCUGAGCUGAUGAGGAUCUUUGUGGACAUCGAGAAGCUGGACUGGGACGAGGCCUGGGAUCUAACCAAGCGCACCUUCGCCUACACCAACCACACGGUCCUGCCCGAGGCACUGGAGCGCUGGCCUGUGGAGCUGAUGGAGACCCUUUUACCACGACACCUGCAGAUUAUCUACCAGAUCAACCAAAUACACCUAGAUAGAAUCGCGUCGCUCUUCCCCAACAACAUGGACAAGCUGAGGAAGAUGUCACUGAUCGAGGAGGAGGGAGGCAAGCGAGUCAACAUGGCGCACCUCUGCAUCGUGGGCUCGCACGCCGUCAACGGAGUCGCUAGGAUACACUCCGACAUCAUCAAGACACAAGUAUUCCGCGACUUCAGCGACCUGGAGCCAGCCAAAUUCCAGAACAAGACUAACGGCAUCACUCCCAGGCGCUGGCUGCUGCUGUGCAACCCCGGACUGGCCGAGCUAAUCGCCGAGGUUAUCGGCGAGGACUACGUCAAGGACCUCAGCCAACUGCAGCGGCUGAAUGACUUUGUGGACGAUGUCGCUUUCAUUCGGGAUGUCUCCAAAGUCAAACAGGACAACAAGGUGAAGUUCGCCCAGUACCUAGAAAAAGAGUACCGGGUGAGGAUCAACGCGGCGUCCAUGUUCGACGUGCACGUAAAGAGGAUCCAUGAGUACAAGCGGCAGCUGCUCAACUGCCUGCACAUCGUCACCAUGUACAACCGCAUUAAAAAGAACCCGUCUGCGCCUUUUGUACCUCGAACAGUGAUCAUCGGGGGAAAGGCCGCCCCAGGGUACCACAUGGCCAAGAUGAUCAUCAAGCUGAUCACCUCAGUGGCAGCCGUGGUCAACAACGACCCAGUGGUGGGAAGCAAGCUGAAGGUCAUCUUCCUUGAGAACUACAGAGUCUCCUUGGCUGAGAAAGUAAUCCCAGCUACAGACCUAUCUGAGCAGAUCUCCACUGCGGGAACCGAGGCGUCGGGGACAGGCAACAUGAAGUUCAUGCUAAACGGAGCGCUCACCAUCGGCACCAUGGACGGCGCUAAUGUGGAGAUGGCAGAGGAGGCUGGUGUGGAAAAUCUGUUCAUCUUUGGCAUGACAGUGGAAGAUGUGGCAAAUAUGGACAAAAAGGGAUACGACGCCAUGGUGUACUACAACAAGAUCCCGGAGCUGAAACAAGUGAUGGACCAGAUCACCAGCGGAUUCUUCAGUCCCAAAAAUCCCAAUUUAUUCAAGGAUUUGACUGAAAUGCUCUUCAAAUAUGACAGGUUUAAAGUAUUCGCUGACUUUGAAGCAUAUGUGAAAUGUCAAGAGAAAGUGAACAAACUCUAUCAGAAUCCGAAGGAGUGGACCCAGAUGGUGGUGAAGAACAUCGCGGCGACGGGCAAGUUCUCCAGCGACCGAACCAUCACAGAGUACGCUACGGAGGUCUGGGGUGUGGAGCCCACAGACCUCAAGAUCCCGCCACCCAGCGAGCCCCGAGAGGCCAUCGAGAAAACUGCCCGAGAGCUCAAGAAAAUGUGAAAGCUGCCUCUGUCAUAGUUGGAUGGGUGUUUUCAAUAGAAAUGGUCUUCUUUUACUAACUACCACAACACAUAAUCUGUGAAACUGCGCCCUCCCACCUAAAAAGAAAAAAACAAAAAACGCAAGUAACAUUCACUUUUUAUUUUUUAAGUAUUAACCAAACCUAUUUGUCUGUUACAGCUUUUUUCACUUUGCAUUUGCAAAAUAUAUUCACACGUGGAGGUGCGAGGACAAAACAACUCCUGUUACCGGUUUACAUUUUCUAGCUUCACAAAAAAAUUACAGUUAUUUUCAGUGUUUUGCUACCACGGGAAAGUGGCUACUCUAAUUUUUGGACUAUAAAUCGCUACUUUUCCCUCCACUUUGAAAACUGCUGAUUAUAUUCCAGUGCGGCGGGGAAAAUAGUUUUCUUGUAAAAUUUUGGUGGGUGUGGCUUAUAGUCCAAAAAAUGUACAGUAUUUUUGGGCCAUGUAGGCCACUAUAUUAUCAUAUGAUAUACAAUGUUGUCUUUCUACAACACUUAAUUUCAGGUCAGGUAGUACAGUUAAAAAUUUAGAGCCCUGGGGAUAAUUCAAUUAGCUGUAUAUAUUGUAUGAUAAAAUUAAUGAUCCUCUGCAGGGCUGGUUCUAUGCAAUUCUAGGCCUCGGAGCACAAUCGGUGUGUAGCCCCCCACCACAUUUUUUAUUUUAUUUUUUUUUGCCAAUCAGAUUUUUUUAUAAUCAUUUGCUAGCUAGUAUAGUCUGGAAAAGGAAAUGGGUGGAAACUUUUUUGUCCUAUGACAAUUAUAGCCCCGCAAAUUAAUUGAUACGUUCCGUUGUGAAAACUAUAAUCAUGGCAAGAAAUGUGAAUGUUGGACACUGUGAAGCCAAAUCAUUAAAAUUUUGCCAAUCAGA